AUGGAACGCAACUUCUGCUUUCAAACGCCCUACCCAACAGCCCGUGGAACGCAAAUGUUUGCGUCUUGCCGUACUUCACUCCAAACCCGGAAGUACUGUAGAAUGUGCAAAGCUUCUAGACAGGACCCAGUGAUGGGUGUUUGGGAGCUGUCGGUGUAUGUGACAGCGUUUUUGCUGUUUUUAUCCUGGUCUCCGGUACUAGGGUCACUGCGAAAUGUUACAGCUGAUGUAUUCGGCUCCGAAUCCUACGGGAAAGUUGCGGCUUUUGGGGAUUUUAAUGCAGAUAAACAGACUGACAUGUUCGUCAUCAGAUCUGGAAAUGAGCUGUGGAUUUUUUUAGCUGACCUGAAGGGGACUCCAUACUUUAAUCCAAAAGUCAAGCUCUCACUCAAGAGUGAAAAUGUAGUAAUAACAAGUGUGGUUCCUGGAGAUUAUGAUGGUGAUUCUCAGAUGGAUGUCUUGCUGACCACUAUCCCAAAGGAUAAAGUUAAUAAUAAUAAUGUUCCUCUAACUGCUGUAAUUUACUGGGGACUGAAUCAGACCCUGAAUAUUAAUUAUAAAACACAGCUAAAUAAAACCUAUCUUGAUGAGCCACUAAUUAUAGACUUUAAUGGGGAUUUGAUUCCUGACAUAUUUGGUGUCACUGAAGAAGGUCCAAAGCCUCUAAUUAUAUAUGGAGGAGGGAGUUUAUCAGUGACAACAACACUGAACACCAAACAAAAAAUGUUUACACCACAUUCCCAUGCCUUUGUAGAUCUGACUGCAGAUUUUACAGCAGAUCUGUUUCUUACUACACUGUCAGCUACUAAUGAAAUUCAGUUUGAGACAUGGGAGAAUAAGGGAGGCAACUUUACAGAAUCGACACUAAUUAUGCAGAAGCCAAAGGAUGUGAAGGUAGUUGGACAGUCCGUUUUUGCAGAUUUUGAUGGAGAUGGUCAGCAGGAUCAGCUUUUGCCAGCCUGUGAAGAUGACAGUUGCUUAAAGAGCGCAAUUUACCUUUUAAAACAUGGAUCAGAUCAGUGGGUUCCUGUGUUGAAAAAUUUCAGCAAUAUGAACAGAGUUUGGGGUUUUCUCCCUUCAACUUAUCAUUCUCUGUCAAUACCAAUUACGCUUCACAUUGGCGAUUACAAUAUGGAUGGAUAUCCAGAUGCUCUUGCCAUACUUAAAGAUACUUCGGGAAGCAGUCAACAAGCCUUUUUACUUGAAAAUGUGCCAUGUAAAAACAGUACCUGCACAAGAAUGUUUGAAGUCCACUGGGAGAUUUCUGAUCUCAAUCAAAUCAAAGAUGCAGAGGUGGCAACCUUCUUCGACAUUUAUGAGGAUGGAAUCCUGGACAUUAUUGUCUUAAGUAAGGGUCUUUCAGCUGACAACUAUGCCAUCCAUGUAUUAGUGAAUAACUUUGAAGCUGAUGCCUACUUUGUCAAAGUCAUUGUGCUGAGCGGGUUUUGUUCCAAUGACUGCCCUCAUCAAGUUAAGCCUUUCGGUGUAAAUCAGCCUGGUCCCUAUAUCAUGUAUACAACAGCAGAUGCAAAUGGAUACUUAAAAAAUGCAUCAGCUGGACAGUUGAGCCAGUCAGCCCACUUAGCUCUGCAGCUGCCGUACAACGUUCUGGGGUUAGGCCGUAGUGCUAACUUUCUCGAUCAUCUGUAUGUGGGAAUUCCUCGUCCUCCUGCAGAAAAGCAAAUACGGAUGCAAGAAUGGACUGCAAUCAUCCCAAAUUCCCAGCUAAUUGUCAUUCCAUAUCCACAUGAUAAUCCCAAGAGCUGGAGUGCCAAGCUGUACCUGACCCCUAGUAACAUUGUGCUGUUGACAGCUAUCGCCCUAAUUGGCGUCUGUGUUUUUAUUUUGGUGGUAAUUGGCAUCCUACACUGGCAAGAGAAGAAAGCAGAUGACAGGGAGAAAAGACAAGAAGCUCAUCGAUUCCACUUUGACGCAAUGUGAUGUGACACAUGAAACCUUCUACUGUGCAUUCAGUACAUUGCAAUCAUCUCCAGCAGUGGAAGGGCUAGAAGCACUAAGGAACCUUUACAAUGUGCAGGGCACAGUUCUAAGCAAUGGAGAAACGGUCAGGUUAUGGUCAUUGGGGGGAGGGGAAGCUCUGUUUGUAUAUUUUGUGUUAUUUAUAAAUGUAUUGGUGAACAUUAAGAAUGAGUGCCUUGGAAUCAAUGCCAGCCAAUCUGUAACAGGUAUGGCCAAAUUUGGGGUUUGGGUAGUUUUAUUUUUUUUUUUCCAUGAAGGUGUCCAACUAUGGGUUAAAUAUUUUCAGUGCCUGGACUAAAGCAUCAAGGCUGUAACCAACUAACCCUUCAUUUCUCUAUUUUAGAGUAUUUAAUGCUGUUGAAACGGUUUAUUUUAUUGUUUCUGCACUAGGAAAUUGCAUUUCUGAAGGGAGUUUAAACCAUUUCAGUAGUUGUAUAAAUCUGUGGAAAUGUUCAAUUUAGAAAUUAGUGCAGUCAAAAAAGAUGUGUUCAAUGUAUACAAAUGUUAACUAGUAUUGCCGCCAAUGGGGAGAAUGCACAAAUAACUCUUCAGGGGAUCUGUGACUAAUGAAGGAGUUACUUAAUGAAUAACCAAAAUCAUCUCCAAACAUUGUUUCAUAUUUUCUACUGUAGUCCGUCUUGAUAUAUAAGCCUCAGUGGUUGCUCCUAAGUUAUGUUUAUAUAUCAAUCAUAAGUGCCAACAGUGACCAAUUGUUAUAUACUUUACAUGGCUAUUUCUCAUUUGAGAUGCAUACAGGAUCCUUGUGAUGCUCACACCCAAUAGUAACCACCAAACAGUUCUGCAGCGGCCAACAUUUAGGGGCAGAUUUAUUAAAGGUCGAAUUGAAAUUUGAAUUUUCGAUUUUUUUUUUUAUGGGCAAAACUGUCAAAUUUGACUAGGGAAUUAUCCAAACUCGAUUCAAUUUUUUAUUAAAAAUUUGAAUUUGAUUUUCGAGAUUUAUCAAACUCUGGCCCUUUUAAGACUCUGAAUUUGAAUACUUGUCACCUAAAACCUGACGAAUUCAUGUGUAAGUCAAUGGGAGAGGUCCAGUGACCAAUUUGGAGAUGUUUGUAGCCUUCCCAGCAUUUGAAUUCAAUUUGAGUUUUCAGUUGGUAAAAUAUUCAAAUGUUUUCAUAAAUAACCCCCCCCCAUUGAAUUUAGAAGAAAAUUGAAUUUAAUAGAGUUGAGAAAAAAAAACCUCACAUGAAUUCAAAAUUCAAAUUUUGAUAAAUCUGCCUCCCCGUGUAGUGAGAACACAUCCUAAUUGGAGGAUUCUGCCAGGGCCGGAACUAGGGGUAGGAAGAAGAGGCACGUGCCUAGGGCGUAAAGUUGAGGGGCGCCAGGCACGGUACCUCUUCUGCCGGAUUCCCCCUAGUUUGGACCCUUCUGCCCCCACCUGCGGCAGCAAUUCCAGCUGCUCGCGCUCCUCCAUGUACGCAUUUCCAGCGAGUGCGCUAGUCCACGCAUGCAUAGACGCUUGUUCCUGCGCACUCAUGGAGGGGGGCAACAUAGGUUGCCUAGGGCGCCCAGCUGACUCGGCCCGGCACUAGAUUCUGCAUGCAUCUUAAGUACAUGAUAACAUUAUAGAGAAUAGGGACCAGAUCAGAAUUUAAAAAAGAUAAGUGACUACUAUUAGUACUGUAAAUUAAAAAUUUAAAUUACAAAUUUCCAGUAAUAGGUUACUUUUGCCCCCUCCCCCCCCUUUUUUUUUUUUUACAUUUGUAUGAUCGAUUAAAAUGGUGUUGAAGUGCAAGUUUAUUUAAAUUACCAAGCACCCAAACAAGUGUGAGAGUGUUUAUUGAUUCAGUGCCCCUUGAUUCCACUUGGCUGUGACGCCUAGCACAAAAAUGUUAGGCUGGGAAAUGCAUAUGUAUUUUCAGUUAUUAUUAAUAUGCACCCUGUAAUAUAAGGCAAGCUUGUUUUUAAACACACUUCUGAGGGCUCCAUUCAGCAGAUGUAUGUUUGAUGUUUGUAACAAAGCUAUAAAUAAUGUACUGCUGAGCGUGAGUAAUACUUGAUCAUGUUACAGCUCUGUGUUUAUGAUUAGUGACAGAAAGUGCACUUUGUCUGACACAGCACCAGCUUUCCUAGUCCCACGCUCGGCACAGAACAAGCAAAGGCCCUAUGCUGUUGCAUUUACAUUCUAAUUGAGAGAUUUGUUUUAGAGGCACUUUAUUUUUACCAAUAAUAAGUUUACAUUAUGCCUUUCCCUGUGCCUCGGCUGCUAUCUAUUUUUACCCUUUGCCCAGAUAAACUGGCAAAUAGUUAAACACUAAUAUGCAUUUGCAUCCAUGCUGUGUAAUGGGGUUUGAAGAAAAAAACAAAACUUUGCUUCAUCUUGUAUAAUUAGAGCAGUUAUACUCCAUCUGCAUAUCAUUAAUUAGCCAUGUUCUUUUAUCCUGGCUUACUUUUUGGAAUGAUGAAAGACCGUGUCGCUAUAUUUAUGUUCAACUGCUGGUGUAUGCUAAUAAAUGUGCUUUCAUAAAAAUAAAAGUGGGACCAUUA